AUGUCCGCAGAUCCUGCACCAAUCACGCACUACGCGCUCUUGAUUGGAAUUGCCUGUUACCGGGGCCAACCUCUCCAAGGCUGUGUAAAUGACGUCCGUGAAGUGGAAGAGCGUCUGCGAAAGCAUCGACAAAACCUCGACAUCAAAACACUCACCGCAAGCCCCAUCGCCCCGGGGUCUUGCUAUCCCACUGAAGACGAAGCCUUUUUACCUACCUACAGCAACGUCCUGUUGAGUCUCCACAGCAUAAUCUCACGAGCGUCAUCUGGUGACUUUGUCUACAUACACUUUUCCGGACAUGGCACUACAGUGACACCAGAAUGCCACGGCGACCGCAAGCCUGAUGCAUCUACCGGUGACCUGGCACUUGUUCUUUUCGAGAAAGAAAAACCUGGUUUCCGUUAUCUUCGCGGCCAAGAAUUGGGCGUCUUGUUGAAAGCCGCUGUGGAUAAGGGUUUAAAACUCACUCUUGUGCUGGAUUGUUGCUAUUCUGGAAGCGUGGUCCGCAAAGAUGAAGUUGCUCGCUGCCUCCCCUACAACUCAGAGGUGGACAAGAAAUAUCCCCCGUUCCGGUGGCCAGCUGCCCUCACAGCUGAUUCUUCAGUUCCUUAUUCGACGAAACGUGGCGCUUCAAUGCGUAUAAACUGGCUCAUCAAUCCCACCGGAUACACCGUAUAUGCCGCAUGCGGUCCGUCAGAGUUGUCGGGGGAGAUCUUCGCCAAGGACAAGUAUCACGGGAUCUUGUCCUGGUUCCUACUUAGGGCAUUUUGCAAGAUGGGCCGCGUUGGGGGGAGGCCACACUACAUCUAUGCCCACCUAUGCGCCAGAUUCCGGGAGAGAAAGCUGCUCGACCAGAAGCCUAUGCUCUAUGGAAACAAACGCCUUGGGUUCUUUGAAGAUCUUACCGCCGAUUUGUACGCGGCGCCCAUUCCGAUCAUCAAAGAUGGCCCACUCCUACUUUUAGACGCUGGUGAGGCACAUGGAGUUUGUGAGGGAGACAAGUUUACUCUGUGUUCCGUUGAUCAUGAUCAGUCGGAAGACGCAACACCAGACAAGGAGGUUUUUGAGGUGGCAAAAGUUCGACCACUUGUAUCCGAGCUGAGCCCCGUAUCUCCAAGAAGCGCCUUAUCUCCAAGAGGCGCCUUGUAUCCUUCCGGUAUGAUGGCGACAGCACUCAGUCACUCAUCACUUCGAAAGUACCCUAUCAGACUUCAGGUCCCAUCACAGAGCAACCAUACUUGGAAAACGGCUAUUCAGGAACGACCAUCCUUAAAUGUAGCCAUGAGAGAUACAACACUUGGAGACUUGUCCACAUUCCACGUCACCGUCAUUUCCAAGGAGACUUACGAAAUCCGGGAUGCGUCGAACAAACUGCUAGCAGGCUUGCCACCUCCUAUUUCAGACCUCGAAGAGGAUCCGUCAUUUCUCUUGGACGUGAUAGAGCAUCUCACCAGGUAUGAGAUGGUCAAGAAUCUCUUUAGCAGCUCUCCCUCGCAGAAGUUCGUCGAGUCAUUCCAAGUCCAGCUUCACGACGAGUCGUCAGGAAAAACCUUUCUGCCAGGGUGUUUACGCAAUGGACCUUUCCACCCGCCUUGCUCCCACCCAGAGUGUGUAGUGGAGAUAAAAGAGAACGCGGCCCUAUGUCUAGCGGUGAGAAAUGAAGGGGGAAAGGACCACAACCUGUCUCUCCAUGUUUAUAACCUAGACGUCUUCUGGGAAGUCGAAAACAUGCUCGGAGGAGACCACUUGGUUCUUCCACCAUCCAGGACCAACAUCAGUACAGAUUCCCGUUCUAAGUGGAUCAAAGGGAUGAAAAUAACGUUUCCGCAAGAACUGAAAGAUAGAGGGGAAACUCAGUGCGAAGAGAUUAUCAAGGUCUUUGUAACACGCCAGCCUACCUCAUUCAUGUCUCUAGAACUGCCUGCAAUUGGAGACAUCUGUGGCCGACGCAAGGCCAGGAGUAGCCGAGGAGGGUCUCAACAAUACGAGUCUGACGACUGGGCGGUAUUGAAUUUUCGUAUUCGCAUUCUCACUACAUAG